GCAGGGAAACUGCUAUGUGCUCAUGGUAAUGGAUUACUUCACUAAGUGGCCCGAGGCGUACGCGGUACUGGACCACCGGUUAGUGGAAGAGAUGUUCUACUGUUUCGGGGCACCAGAGAAGCUCUACAGUGACCAGGGUAGGUCGUGAAAGAGGUGUGUGAUCGGCUGGGGGUGUGGAAGAUGCGCACCGCACCUCUCCACCUGCAGAGCGAUCAUCUGGUGGAGUGUUUCGCUCACCACGCAACUCUCUGUUCUCACUUCCCAACACCAGCGCGACUUGGACAGACACCUGCCCCUGGUCCAAUAGGCAUGCCACUCUGCUGUCUAGGAGUCCACUGGGUGCAUCCCCGCCCUGUUCAUGUUUGGGUGUGAGCUGAGAACACCGGUGGACUUAGCUUUUGGCAGCCCGCCGGAGCCCGAGACCCUUGAUACACCUGAUCAGUUCCUGUCAAGAACUCCUGAGAUGAAGCGAAGGGCUUCAGAAACCAGUCCAUUUGGGGACUGUAAGAAGGGGGUCCCUGCCACAGUAAAAGGUUUUAAAAAUGUCCAAGAGGACAGAUCAGUGUCACCUGUACCCAGCUGUGUGUCCAUGAAGAGUGAUGCAUCAAUGAUGCAACCUAUGAAGUUUAAGGAUGAACAGUUUUCUACAGGACAAAGUGUCCAACAGGAGAGAUCAGUGUCACCUGUACCCAGCUGUGUAUCCAUGAAGAGUGAUGCAUCAGUUCUUCAAGAUUUUCUGCUAACGAGUCAACAGAAACUGAAAUCCCAUCUGAAGAAAUUGUUUGAGUGUAUAUUUGAAGGAACAGCUAAGCAUGGAAACCGAACCCCUCUGAAUGAUAUUUACACAGAGCUCUACAUAACUGAAAGUAGUACUGGUGGGAUCAGUAAUGAGCAUGAAGUAAGACACAUUGAGAGAGCACUCAACAAACCAGCUGUACAAGAAACUAAAAUCAAAUGCAUGGAUAUUUUUACACCCUUACCUGGAGAAGUAACACAUAUAAGAACUGUGCUGACACAGGGGAUUGCAGGCAUUGGGAAAACAGUGUCUGUGCAGAAAUUUAUUCUUGAUUGGGCAGAAGGAAAAGAAAAUCAAGAGAUUAAUUUAAUAUUUUCUCUUGCUUUCCGAGAUCUUAAUUUACUGAAGAAUAAACAAUUCAGUCUGACACAACUGGUUCAUUACUUUCUCCCAGAAUUCAAGGAAUUUGAACUCACUCAGCAUUUAAAUUCAAAAGUCUUGUUUGUCUUUGAUGGUCUGGAUGAGUGUCACCUUCCUCUAGAUUUCAAGAAUAAUGAGGUCUGGUCUGAUGUAACAAAGACAACCUCCCUGGAUGUGUUGUUGACCAGUCUCAUUAAGGGGAAUCUAUUUCAUUCUGCUCUCAUCUGGAUAACUUCCCGUCCAGCAGCCACCAGUCAGAUCCCUCCUGAGCGUGUCCAUCGGGUAACAGAGAUACGAGGGUUCAGUGGUGCUCAGAAGGAGGAGUACUUCAGGAAGAGGUUCAGUGAUCAGGACCUAGUCAACAGGAUCAUCACACAUGUGAAGUCAUCAAGGAGUCUCUACAUCAUGUGUCAUAUUCCUGUCUUCUGCUGGAUUUCAGCUACUGUUCUUGAGAGGCUCUUUGUUGAGGAACACAGUGAAGAAAUUCCCAAGACACUGACUGAAAUGUACACACACUUCCUCAUCUUUCAGACCAGUUUAAAGAAUCUGAAGUAUCUGAAACAACAAGAAACACAGCAUCUUAAAUCUUUAGAAUUAGAUAAAGAAUUUGUUCUGAAACUGGGGAAGCUGGCUUUCAGGAACCUUGAAAAAGAAAAUCUCAUAUUUUAUGAGGAAGACAUGAGAGAGUUUGGCAUUGAUGUCAGUGAAGCUUCAGUGUACUCUGGAGUGUGUACAGAAGUGUUCAGACAGGAGUUUGGAUUGUAUGAGGGGAAGGUUUACUGCUUUGUACAUCUGAGUGUUCAGGAGUAUCUUGCUGCUUUGCAUCAGUUUCUCUCAAAUAGUGAUUCCAACCUGCUGAAGAGAACAGUAGAUCAGGCUUUAGAGAGCAAGAAUGGACAUUUGGACCUCUACCUCCGCUUCCUUCUUGGCCUUUCAAUGGAAUACAAUCAAGAUCUUUUAAAUGGACUACUGACUCAGGCAGGAAGAACACUCCAUAACAAUGAAAAAAUAGUACAUUACAUAUAUAAGAAAAUCAAUGAGAAUCUUUCCCCAGAGAAGACCAUUUAUCUCUUCCACUGUCUGAAUGAACUGAAUGACAAUUCUCUGGUGAAGGAAGUCCAAAAUUAUCUGAACGCAGGUCGUCUUGCAGAAAAAAACAUGAAUCCCACAGAUUGGUCAGCUCUGGCAUUUGUGUUAAUGAUGUCAGCAGAGGAAUUGGAAGAGUUGGACCUGAGAAACUGUGCCUUAAAUGACAAAGGUCUUCAGAGGAUGCUGCCAGUGAUCCAGGUCUCCAGAACUGCUCUGGUGAACAGAUGUUCUCUUACUGAAAGAUGCUGUGAAGGUUUGGCCUCCAUUCUAAGUUCUGACUCGAACCUGAGAGUGUUAGACCUGAGUGACAAUGACCUGCAGGACUCAGGAGUGAAGAUCCUCUCUGCUGGAUUGGGGAACCAACAGUGUAAACUGGAGAUACUGAGGCUGAACAGAUGUUCUCUCACUGAAAGAUGCUGUAAAAGUUUGGCCUCAAUUCUGAGUUCAGACUCAAACCUGAGGGAGUUAGACCUGAAUCACAAUGACCUGCAGGACUCAGGAGUGAAGAUCCUCUCUGCUGGACUGGGGAACCAACAGUGUAAACUGGAGAUACUGAGGCUGAACAGAUGUUCUCUCACUGAAAGAUGCUUUGAAGUUUUGGCCUCAAUUCUGAAUUCAGACUCGAACCUGAGGGAAUUAGACCUGAGUGACAAUGAUCUGCGGGAUUCAGGAGUGGAACUGCUCUCUGCUGGACUAGGCAACAAACGGUGUAAACUGGACACACUAAGACUGAACAGAUGUUCUCUCACUGAAGGAUGCUAUGGAGUUUUGACCUCAGUUCUUAGUUCAGACUCGAACCUGAGGGUGUUAGACCUGAGUGACAGUGAUCUACGAGACUCAGGAGUGGAACUGCUCUCAAAUGGACUGGGAAACAAACAGUGUAAACUGGACACGCUGAGACUGAACAGAUGUUCUCUCACGGAAAGAGGCUGUGAAGAUUUGGCCUCAGUUCUGAGUUCAGACUUGAACCUGAGAGUGUUAGGCCUGAGUGACAAUGACCUGCAGGACUCAGGAGUGCAACUGCUCUGUUACGGACUGGGGAACCAAAAGUGUAAACUGGACACACUAAAGCUAAACAGAUGUUCUUUCACUGGAAGAUGCUGUGAAGUUUUGGCAUCAGUUCUGAGUUCAAACUCAAAUCUGAGAGUGUUAGACCUGAGUGACAAUGACCUGCAGGACUCAGGAGUAGAACUACUCUCUAAUGGACUAGGGAACCAAAAGUGCAAACUGGACACUCUGAGACUCUCUGGCUGUUGUGUCACAGAGAGAGGCUGUACUUCUCUGGCUUCAGCUCUGCAUUUGAACCCCUGCUCACACCUGAGGGAACUGGAUCUGAGCUACAAUCACCCAGGAGACUCAAGAGUGAAGCUGCUCUCUGAUCUACUGGAAGAUCCACACUGUAAACUGGAGACACUGCAUGUGGACCAUGGUGGACAGUAUAGGAUCAGACCAGGACUCCUCAAAUACUCCUACCAGCUCACACUGGACCCCAACACAGCAAACACACACCUAUAUCUGUCUGAGGACAACAGGAAAGUGACAUGGAGUGAAGAAGAACAGAAACAUCCUGAUCAUCCAGACAGAUUUGACUGUUAUACACAAGUUGUGUGUGUAGAGAGUGUGUCUGGUCGCUGUUAUUGGGAGGUUCAGUGGACUGGAAAUGGUGCUGUAAUAGGAGUGACUUAUAAAGGAAUCAGGAGGAAAGGAGACAGUGUUGUCUGUGGGCUUGGAUACAAUAACAGGUCCUGGAGCCUGUUCUGCUCUGAUAAGUUUUACUGUGUUAGUCACAAUAACAUAGACACUGCCAUAGCUGUACCCCGCUCCCGCAGAGUAGGAGUGUAUGUGGACUGUGUGUCCGGCACUCUGUCCUUCUACAGCAUCUCCUCUGGUGAACUGACCCUCCUGUACAGGUUCACCUCCACAUUCACUGAGCCCCUUCAUCCUGCAUUUUGGGUUUCAGGUCCAGGUUCCUCAGUGUCCCUGUGUGAGAUGGGAUAGGAAAACACACACACACACGCACACACACACACACA